UCGGAGGUUAUCGGUAAAUAAUUAAAUAUCAAUGAGUCAACUAUUCCCUACAGUAUUGAGAUGGGCAUCCAACUGAUAAAUUCAAGGCGUGAGGGAGAAGAGAUCGAAAUCAAAAGGGUAGGACCGUGUUCUACCUGCUGAACUAACAUGAAAUCGGGAAAAUACACGAUCGAGGAGGCUCGACAAUUAGAUGCCGCAGAUCCUCUCGGCCACCUCCGUGAGGAGUUCACCAUUCCGUCCAAGGGUGACCUCAAACGAAGGAACCUGAAGCAUGAUGGCGACAAAGAGCCCGGAGACGAAGAUCCAUCCAUUUAUCUCUGCGGCAACUCGCUGGGCUUGCAGCCGAAAAGGACCACGGAAUACAUUGACAGAUAUCUAAAGACUUGGGGGACGCAGGGCGUGUACGGUCACUUCAAGGAGUUCGACGAUGCGUUGACGCCUCCCUGGGUUGAUAUCGAUCUUGCAGCUAGGGGGCGAAUGGCGACGGUCGUUGGUGCGAACGAAGAGGAGGUCGCCAUAAUGGGCACCCUCACAGCGAACCUGCAUUUCUUGCUGGCAAGCUUUUACAAACCCACCAAGGAGAAGUACAAAAUCAUAAUCGAGGGGAAGGCCUUCCCCAGUGAUCAUUAUGCGGUCCUCUCUCAACUCGCUCAUCACUCCUUGCCGGCGGAAGCGCUGAUAACCAUCGAUCCCCCUGACCCAGAGAUACAUUACCUUCCGCUGGACCACAUUUUGUCUACCAUCUCCGCCCAUGCGUCUGAAACCGCUCUCGUCCUCCUCCCUGGGGUGCAUUACUACAGCGGCCAAUUCCUCGAGAUCCAGAAGAUCACCGCUCAUGCCCACGGUCUUGGCAUCACUAUCGGAUGGGAUCUCGCUCACGCAGUGGGCAAUGUGCCUCUUGCGCUGCAUGAUUGGGACGUAGACUUCGCGACAUGGUGCAGCUACAAGUACCUCAACGCCGGCCCUGGCGCGAUUUCCGGCCUCUUUGUGCAUGGAAAGCACGGUGAGGUGGUGCGGAGCCCCAGCGCCACGGAGAGCGAGACUGAGCAGUUCGAGUACACUCCAAGGUUCUCAGGGUGGUGGGGGAGCGAGAAAUCCACGAGAUUUCGGAUGGAGCCUGUUUUCCGACCUAUCCCUGGCGCUGCCGGGUGGCAAGUGAGCAAUCCGAGCGUACUGGAUACGACGUCGUUGGCUGCCAGUCUGUCGGUGUUUGCCAGGACGAGUAUUGCAUCCCUCAGGGAAAGGAGUCUACAGUUAACGCAAUACCUGGUGGAAUUGCUCGACCAUGCAGAAGAUGGAGACACCGCUCAGGGGUAUAGGAUUAUCACUUCCAGGAAUCGCGAUGAGCGAGGGGCACAGAUCAGCAUCAAGCUAGACGAGGGAUUAUUGGAUAAAGUGAUGGAGAUACUCGAGAAGGAGGCCGUGGUGGUGGAUGAGCGGAGACCAGACGUGGUCCGGGUUGCACCAACCCCUUUAUAUAAUACUUUUGAGGAUGUUUGGAACUUUGUAAAGAUAUUCCGGGCGGCCUGUAAGGACGCAAUCGCUGCCGCUUAACAAGAGAAGACGACACCGAGCCG